AUGGGUCAGCCUGCUGUGCAAAAGACACCUCACUUCAUUCUUGAAGGAGAAGGAGACCGCGUGCUGAGCAAGAAAAAGCUGGACGAACUGGUCAGACAAGUCACAGGCGGCGGUGAAGGCGACAACCUUACUCCCGAUGUCGAAGAAUCCGUCCUCACUCUGGCCGAUGACUUUGUGGACAGCGUCAUCACUGCUGCCUGCCGCCUGGCCAAGAUCAGACCUAACUCGACUCUCGAUAUUCGCGAUAUUCAGAUCAUCCUCGAGCGUAACUACAACAUUCGUGUCCCUGGUUAUUCUUUGGAUGAAGUCCGUACUGUGCGCAAGUUCCAACCAGCACCUGGAUGGACGCAAAAGAUGAAUGCCGUGCAGGCCGCCAAGGUCAUGGGAAAGAACGAUGCAUAG